GAGCAGCUCGUCUGCGGCUGCUGUUCCCGAGGCUGCACCCAUAACCACCAGGACCAGCGGUGCUCCAAUCGUGUGCUGAGCAGGGUUCGGUCCCUGUCUGGUUUACCCUCUCCACAUCGCCCCCUAGUGCCCGCCGUCCACCAUGUUUAACCUCAUGAAAAAGGACAAGGAGCGGGACAGCGUGAGGAAGGAGAAGAAGAAGGAACGUAUGUCUGCGGCCGAACUGCGCAGCCUAGAGGAGAUGAGCAUGCGGCGCGGCUUUUUUAACCUCAAGCGGGAGUCGAAACGGGAAUCCAAAAACAAACUGGAGAUAUCCAACCCCAUUCCCAUCAAAGUGGUCAGCGGGAGCGAGCUGACGUUGACGGAUAUAGAGUCGGAUGGUCUGAGUAACCGUAGUAACCGCAGCAGCGUGGUGUUGGACGGGCAGCUGAGCGGGGCCAGUUCCACAGACGACCUGAAGGGGGAGUCUUCACAGGAUUCGCACAGAGGCUCCGUCCGGGAUCGUGUGGCUCAUUUUGGAUCGCUGGCCAAACAGAACUCUUCACAGGUAGGACAGAUGAUGAAGCGAUUUUCUUUCUCCCAGCGAAGCAAAGAGGAGAGUCCAUCCGAAGGGUCCACCCCAUCGGGUCCAAACUCGGCCGCUCCUUCCCCUCAGGUGGAGAACAAGGUCUUCAACAUGCUCCGCAAACAGAGCCUCAAACAACCCCCCGGAACCCCGCCCCCAGACCCCCCCUCCGUCCCCCCCGUCAAACGCCCCUCCAUCCCCGAACUCGUCCCCAAAACCUUCCCCGCCAACCUCCACCUCCCCCCGGUCAUCGCCCCGAACGCACCCCAAACCAGAGAGCUAGAGCUACAACGCCGCAACACGGGAGAUUUCGGGUUUUCCCUGCGUCGAACCACCAUGUUGGAUCGGAGUCCGGACGGAGGGGUCUACAGAAGGGUCGUUCACUUCGCCGAACCGGGAGCGGGGACCAAGGAUCUGGCGUUAGGAUUGGUACCCGGAGACAGGCUUGUGGAAAUCAACGGGAAGAACGUGGAAAGUAAAAGCAGGGAUGAGAUCGUGGAGAUGAUCAGACAAAGCGGAGAUACGGUUCGGCUUAAAGUGCAGCCGAUCCUGGAGCUGAGCGAGCUGAGCCGAUGCUGGUUAAGGAACACGGAAGGACUACGCAGAGAUGACAGACAUGUGAAGACUGAGGAGCAGAUCGCAGCGGAGCAGGCCUGGUAUGGAUCCGAGAAGGUGUGGCUGGUUCAUAAAGAUGGAUUCUCUCUGGCCACCGUAGUGAAGACCGACCCCGGCGCUCUGCCAGAGGGAAAAGUGAAGAUCCGACUGGAGCACGAUGGAGCCAUUCUGGACGUGGACGAGGACGACAUCGAGAAGGCGAACCCCCCCUCGUACGACCGCUCCGAGGACUUGGCCUCUCUGCUGUACCUGAACGAGUCCAGCGUGAUGAACUGUCUGCGGCAGAGAUACGGAGGAAACCUGAUCCACACCUACGCCGGGCCCAACACUGUGGUCAUCAACCCCCUCAGCACCCCCUCCAUGUACUCUGAGAAGGUGAUGCACAUGUUCAAAGGCUGCCGGCGCGAGGACAUGGCUCCUCACAUUUACUCCGUGGCUCAGACGGCCUACAGGAACCUGCUGACCACCCGGCAGGACCAGUCCGUCGUCCUCCUCGGAAAAUCGGGAAGCGGGAAAACCACCAACUGUCAACACCUGGUGCAGUACCUGGUCUCCAUCGCAGGAAGCACCGGGAAGAUCUUCUCAGCUGAGAAGUGGCAGGCUGUGUACACGAUCCUGGAGGCGUUUGGAAACAGCUCCACCUCCAUGAACUCAAACGCCAGCCGCUUUUCUCACGUCGUGUCUCUGGACUUCGAUCAGGCCGGACAAGUCUCCUCCGCCUCUAUACAGACCAUGUUAUUGGAAAAACUCAGAGUGAGCCGUCGUCCUGAUUCAGAAUCUACCUUCAACGUUUUCUACUUCCUGUUGGCCGGCGCCGACAGCACGCUCAGAACGGAGCUCCAUUUGAACCACUUGGCAGAAAACAGCACCUUCGGGAUCCUUCCUCAGACAAAGGCAGAGGAUAAACAGCGUUCGUCCCAGCAGUUCACAAAGCUCCAGGCGGCCAUGAAGGUGCUGGGCUUUUCCUCCGAAGAGCAGAGGGCGCUGUGGCUCAUUCUGGGGGGAAUCUACCACCUGGGAGCCGCAGGAGCCACUAAAGACGGGGACCAAGCUGGUCGUAGGCAGUUUGCUCGUCACGAAUGGGCCCAGAAAGCGGCUUACCUUCUGGGGUGCACUUUGGAAGAGCUGUCCUCCUCCAUCUUCAAACAGCAGAGUAAAGGACUGCAGCACAACCCGUCCUUCAGGGGAGGGGCCGAGGACAUGGGACAGGGAGACGGAUCCAGUUCAAAGGUCACCGCUCUGGAGUGUCUGGAGGCCAUGGCGUCUGGACUGUACUCGGAGCUCUUCACUCUGGUCAUCUCCCUCAUCAACAGAGCUCUGAAGUCCAGCCAGCACUCGCUCUGCUCUCUCCUCAUCGUCGACACUCCCGGUUUCCAGAAUCCCAAAGUGUCUCAGCUCAAACGCGGAGCCACGUUUGAGGAGCUGUGUCAUAAUUACACACAGGAAAGACUACAGACGCUUUUCCACGAGAGGACGUUCACGCAGGAGCUGGACCGAUACAAAGAGGAGAACAUAGAGCUUGCUUUAGAUGACAUAGAGAGCUCUGCGUCUCUGUCUGUAGCUGCAGUGGAUCAGGCCUCCACUCAAGCCCUGGUGAGGACCCUGGCCCGCACAGAUGAGGCCCGAGGGCUGCUGUGGCUGUUGGAGGAGGAGGCCAUUCACCCUGGAGGAUCAGAGGCGACGAUGUUAGAACGACUCUUCACCUACUACGGCUCCAACCAGGCAGACGGAAAGGGUAACCUUCUGCUGCGCGGGGACCGGCCUCACGUCUUCCUGCUCGGGCACAGCCAUGGCACAGACUGGGUGGAGUACGACGCUCAGGGCUGGCUCUGUCACGCCAAGCACAACCCAGCGGCUCAGAACGCCGCGUCUCUACUACAGGACUCCCAAAAGAAGAACAUCAGCGCGUUGUUCAUGAGCAGAGCCAGCGGAGCCACGGUCCUGUCCGGGUCCAUCGCGGGUUUGGAGGGCAGCUCUCAACUCGCUCUACGGCGGGCCACGAGCAUGAGGAAGACUUUUACCACAGGAGUCGCUGCAGUGAAGAAGAAGAGUCUCUGCAUCCAGAUCAAACUGCAAGUGGAUGCUCUGAUCGACAUGGUGAGACGCUCCAAGGUCCACUUCGUCCACUGCCUCCUGCCCAAGUCGGAGGCGGUGACGGGUGCAUCCGACCCCCGGGUGUCCCACGGAGAGAGCCCCGACGCCGGGCUCAUGACGCUGGACGUGGGCCUCCUCCGCGCUCAGCUCCGGGGGUCCAAGCUGCUGGACGCUCUGCGCAUCUACAGACAAGGAUACCCCGACCACAUGGUGUUCUCCGAGUUUAGACGCCGCUUUGAUGUGCUGGCGCCGCACCUCACCAAAAAACAUGGCCGCCACUACAUUGUGACGGACGAGAAGAGGGCUGUGGAGGAGCUGCUGGAGUCUCUGGACCUGGAGAAGAGCACAUACCACAUGGGGCUGAGUCGAGUGUUCUUCAGAGCGGGGACUCUCUCCAGACUGGAGGAGCAGAGAGACCUCCAGACUCGCACAAACAUCUCUCUGUUCCAGGCGGCGUGUCGGGGGUUUCUGGCUCGACAGGCCUUCAAGAAGAGGAAGAUCCAGGACUUGGCGAUCCGCUGCAUUCAGAAGAACAUAAAGAAGAACCGAGGGGUCAAAGGUUGGCCCUGGUGGAAGCUGUUCACGACGGUCAGGCCGCUGAUCGAGGUGCAGCUGACCGAGGAGCAGAUACGCGGAAAAGACGAGGAGAUCCAACAGCUGAAGCAGAAGUUGGAAAAAGUGGAAAAGGAACGAAACGAACUCCGGCUGAACACAGACCGCUUCGAGAGCAGGAUCUCAGAGUUGUCUUCAGAGCUGGCGGAUGAGCGUAACACUGGAGAGUCUGCGUCUCAGCUGUUGGAGAGCGAGACCGGAGAGAGACUGAGGCUGGAGAAGGACAUGAAGGACCUGCAGGCCAAGUUCGACCAGAUGAAGAAGCAGAUGGAGAGUAUGGAGAUGGAGGUGAUGGAGGCUCGUCUCAUUAGAGCCUCUGAGCUGAACGGGGAGCUCGACGACGACGAUUCAGGAGGCGAGUGGCGGCUGAAGUACGAACGAGCCAUCAGAGAGAUCGAGUUCACGAAGAAACGCCUUCAACAGGAGCUGGAGGACAAGAUGGAGGUGGAGCAGCAGAGCAAACGCCAACUGGAGCGGAGGAUCACUGACCUCCAGGCCGACAACGAGGAAGCCCAGAGGAACAUCCAGCAGCUGAAGAAGAAGGCCCAGAAGCUGACGUCAGAGCUGCAGGACACGAAGCUGCACCUGGAGGGACAACAGAGCCGCAACCACGACCUCGAGAAGAAGCAGAGGAAGUUUGACAGUGAGCUGAGUUUAGCGCAGGAGGAAGCGUCUCGGGAGAGGAGUCUACGGGACAAGCUGGCCAGAGAGAAGGACAUGUUGACAGGGGAAGUCUUCAGCCUACGUCAGCAACUGGAGGACAAAGACGUGGAGGUGUGCGCGGUGAACGUCAAACUGGACCAGCUGGAGGCGGAGCUGCUGGAUCUGAACUCUCAGGAGACCAAAGACGAAGCUUCACUCGCCAAGGUGAAGAAACAGCUGAGAGACUUAGAAGCCAAAGUGAAGGACCAGGAAGAAGAGCUGGAUGAACAGGCCGGCACCAUCCAGAUGUUGGAGCAGGCUAAACUUCGUCUGGAGAUGGAGAUGGAGCGUCUCAGACAAACUCACUCUAAAGACAUCGAGAACAAAGACGACGAGGUGGAGGAGAUCCGCCAAUCCUGCAGCAAAAAGUUGAAACAAAUGGAGCUGCAGCUGGAGGAGGAGUACGAUGAGAAACAGAAGGUUCUGAAGGAGAAGAGAGAGCUGGAGUCUAAACUGCUGACGGCACAAGACCAGGUUCAUGUUGGAGACGUAGAGACGGAGAAGCGUCUGAGGAAAGACCUGAAGAGGACCAAAGCCCUUUUAGCCGACGCUCAGAUAAUGCUGGACCACAUCAAGAACAACGCCCCGAGCAAAAGGGAGAUCGCGCAGCUCAAAAACCAGUUGGAGGAGUCCGAGUUCACCUGUGCUGCUGCGGUUAAAGCUCGUAAGUCCAUGGAGGUGGAGAUCGAGGACCUGCACGUUCAGAUGGAGGACAUCUCCAAAGCCAAACAGACGCUUGAGGAGCAGCUGAGUCGUCUGCAGAGGGAGAAGAACGACAUCCAGUCCAGAAUGGAGGAGGACCAAGAAGAUCUGAACGAACUCAUGAAGAAGCACAAGGCAGCAGUGGCACAGUCGGCUCAGAACCUGAACCAGAUCAGCGACCUGCAGGCCCAGCUGGAGGACGCCCUCAAGGAGAAGCAGGAGGUCCAGGAGAAGAUGCAGGCGCUGCAGAGCCAGCUGGAGUUCCAGGAGCAGUCCAUGGUGGAGAAGUCCCUGGUGAGCCGACAGGAGGCCAAGAUCCGAGAACUGGAAACGAAGCUGGAGUUUGAGAGGACGCAGGUCAAACGACUGGAGAGUUUGGUGGCUCGUCUGAAGGAAAACCUGGAGAAGUUGACGGAGGAGCGUGACCAGCGCAGUAACAGUGAGACCAGAGAGAAGGAGCAGAACAAACGACUCCAGAGACAGAUCCGAGACGUGAAAGAGGAGAUGGCCGAACUCGCCAAGAAGGAAGCAGAGGCCAGCCGCAAGAAGCACGAACUGGAGAUGGACAUCGAGAGCUUGGAGGCUGCAAACCAGAGUCUUCAGGCCGAUCUGAAACUGGCCUUUAAGAGGAUCGGAGACCUGCAGGCGGCGAUAGAGGACGAGAUGGAGAGCGACGACAACGAGGAUCUCAUCAACAGUUUGCAGGACAUGGUGACUAAGUAUCAGAAACGAAAGAACAAAACCGCUGGGGAGUCAGACACGGACUCUGAGGUGGAGGACCGUGUGGACGGGGUCAAAUCGUGGCUCUCCAAAAAUAAAAACUCUGCCAAAAACCUCUCGGACGACGGCAGCCUCAAGAGCUCCAGCCCAACCAGCGGACGCCGUUUCCUCUUCGAGCGCUCCGACGAAGACGAGGACGAGGAGAAAGAGACGAGUUCGCUCUACUCCCGAUACAAGUACAGCAGCAGCAGCAAAUACCUGAGAGAGGAGGACGAGGACCGCGAGGAAACGACUGCAUAGCCCCCAAUUUAAACAAAAAAAACAAAAUAAAACACUAACUUUUACCUCCUACAAAACCAUGACAACCGUCUCCUCUCUGCAUGAACCAACAAAAGUGCGAGUCUCCAUGGAAACGCGUCAUGGAGAAAUAAGGAAAUUGUAUUUGACUAAUUUAUAUUGUGUAUGUCGUACGCAUCAUUAUCCCUACUUAGUUUUUUGUUUCUAUUUUACCCUAUACGAAAACGCAAGAUUGUGAAAUAAAUCGUCGCUACAUACCCGCGAGCGUUAAGAAUUCACCUACGAAAAAUGCGUUAAAGGCGCUGUACGGGAUUUUUACAUUUUUAUUAUGAAGUAAGAGUCUCGCCCCAGCGCAGACGUAACGUAAAAAGGUCAAAAUGAGACCGCUGCGUGCCGCUUGCAUUCGAUUAUAAAGCAUUUUUAUCAUCCGCAAACCAGGAAGUAAUGCUGGCGCGCUGUUAGCAUGCUAGUCGCUGUUAGCAUUACUGUGACGGCGAAACUCUGGAAACUCUGGAAGUUUUGAAAAGCGCUUAUAAACUCAUCGCUGUGAAUAAUUAAGAUGUUCUGAAUGUGUAAAGUAUGUGAGGGCUGAGUUCGGAGCGUUUAAAAUGAACCGGAUCUGUUUUUCCUGUUUUUAAGACGGUAAAAAUCAAGUAGAGCGCCUUUAAGUAACGCAAUUUAACACUAGAGGAGUUAAAGUUUAAAUUAUGAUGAACGAUUUGUGGUUUUCUGACUCUUUGGUGACGUCUAGUGGUGAUUUAGUCGUGAAUAAUGAAUUAAAACGCUAUGCUCAACAGUCACUUAGUGCAUCUGAGCAGCUACGGUGGCCUAGCAGGGACAAUUUGGUCUUUUGGUGAUAUUAACCUGCUUAAAACUAUUGCAAAUGUGCAGUUCAUUUUAACCAAAACUUCCAUUUGAAGCUUGGUUGUAUGUAGGAGUUAUGUAGCAGUCCCAGUAAUGGCGUCUAAACGGACGAACUCGAACUGAUAUUUUAGAUUUUCUUUCAAAUUUAAAUGUUUUAAAGGUCCUAUAUUACGCAAAAUGGACUCUUGAGAACUUUAAGUCAUGUUAUAAUGAUGUUACGUCAUCAAAAACAGACAUGGAGUUGUGUUUUGUUUCAUUCACACGUGUUUGAAGAAUCCUGCACAUCUCCAAAGCUCAAAAUGCUCCGUUCCACCUCGUGAUGUCAUCAAGUGGUAGUUUUAAAAUUUUGCCUCAGCUGAAUUGAUUUACUCCACAGUACACCAGAGUAACCGUAAGUUGUCGCCAUUGAAAAUGUAUUUGUUUGAGUUUAAAAACACAGGGGAGCGCUUCCUGCAUCACCACUCGAUGAUGUCACAAGGUGAAACGGAGGGUUUGCAGCCUAAAUACGCAGGGUUUGUGCGUUAAACGUGUGUGAAUGAAACAAAAACACAACUCCAGGUCUGUUUGUGAUGAGGAAACAUUCUAACAUGGAUAAAGAAAUUGCGUAUUACGGGCCCUUUAACAAAGAUUUUCCAUUUUUCUUUCAAUUUUGGGAUAUUUGUAAUUCCGAGUUCUGCGCUAUUACUUUUCCUGCCUUUGUAUUUUGAGAUGUCAAAAAACGGUUGGCAAUAAUUUUGAACAAAAAGAAUGAGUCUCUUUAGUUGUAUUUGUGUAUUAAUGUCGACUUGCCAAAAGCCUCUGUCUUAAGUUGAAUGUUUUGUUGUUGUUUUUGUUCCUGUUUCGUCUCUUUCUUCACAUAAAGUGCCAGUUGAUUUGGUUAAACGUGGCCUGUACAGAUUUUAAUUCACGUAAAUUCACCCAAAAAAAAAAAAAAAAUCUAAAGUUUCCACCAAGAAUUAUGUUUUAGUAUGGAAUAUUUUGAACAGCGCUGUCGGUAAACUCUGAUGGGGGAGUGACUUAGCGCGGAGAGCGAAGGAAGGAAAAUGAAACUGAAACUGGUGAAGCAUUUUAAUACAUUUAUUUUGGCGGAUAUAGCAGUUUCAAAACAAAUAUAACGUGAUCUAAAUGUUAUCUGUUAAAUAAUAAUUGUGCGUGUGUCUCUAAAGUUAUAAUCUGUGACACUUUUUGCACGUUUUAAAUCAAAAUAUUCAUCUAAAACGACUUAAUAAAAGAAACAAAUCCGCUGACUUCCUCUUUAGAAACCUGCAGCGUCCAAUGGGAGCUGCCGUCGCCGUAAACGUCAUUACGACAAAGCGCCGUGUAGCUGUUGGCGCCCCCUAUGGACAGCUGCACGUCACACUUUUUUUAAAAUUUGCACCAAAAUGACAACGCGACGCUGCCGAAUCCUACGAGUAUCACCGAUUAAGAAAAUAAAACCGGAGAACGAAGUGCGUACGUCACAGUGGGAGGUGAAAACGAGGAUCGAUCGGCAAAAUGGCGUCUUGAAAAUAAGCAGUUAAAGAUUACGCAAACAUGAAUCACUCCAAAUACAACUUCAGAGCGAAAACGAGAAGAAACGACUCAAAGUUCUGCGGAGUCCAUUUUGCAGAAAAGGUCUGAUUUUACAGUUUAAACUCCAUAAAAGUCCAAUAUUACCACUUUAAUUUUGGUUCUUUUUGACAUAAUCCCAGUUGUUCCAAAGACAGUUCCAGCUACUUAACCAAUUCUCCUCACAAGUAACUAUAUGUACACGAAAUAUACUACUAAAUACUACAUAUGUACUCAAUCAUAUCUCUUGGUGGGAACUUUACUUUACUUUUACUCGAUGUUUUCCAUUUUUCUCACGUUCUGCCUGUUACGACUGAACCGUCUUCCCACCGUAUUUAUAUUUCACCGUCUUACUCCUCGUCUCCACUUUCACUGUUUGAAUUCACGUUUCCUGCAGAGAACAGAUUUCCAAACUAUCAUCAUGUCGUUUAUUUCAUCAACCGAGGACUGUUUUUGCCUGACUGUAGGUGCUCGUUGUGUCCACAGGGGGCGCAGUGGACAUUGGGGUAGUUUUAUAUGUCGGUUUCUGGGUAAAAACGCCAAAGGGAUGGGAUUUUUUCUUAAUCUUAAACAUCUGGGAAUUCAGAUUUUUACUCUUAGCGGCAACAAAAACGAUCCAAAUGUAAGCUAGGUUUGAGGUUAUGUUAGCGAUGGAAUGGCUAAUUUAAUUUGUAUUCAUUCUAUAAAAAAUAAUUUUAAAUAAUAAUAAAAAUCUUAAAAAUCAAGUACAUAAAUAGAUUUAAUUUUCUGUUAUUUUUAUAGAUUAUUAUUGAUUUAAAAAAAAUAAAAUUAAAAAGCCGUUGAGGUCAAAAUAAGUUAGCUUUGUACUGUCACCAUCUAAACCGUUUUAUUCAACCGAGUAUCAGGAAAUGUGCUGUUAGCAUGUUAGCUGCUUUUAGUCUUACCAUCACAGCAAAACUCCAGCCUCUAAAAGUUGUUACAAGUGCUUAUAAACUCAUCUUGGUGAGUCAUUAGGAUGUUCUGAUUGUAUUAACUAACUGAGGAAUAACUGGACCACUGCAAACGGUUUAAAAUGAUGUUUUUCAUGUUUUUAAGACGGUAAAAAUCAAGUACAGCGGCUUAAAUUAUUAAUACUUUGAUAAAUCAGCUGACACCAAAACACAACUUUAACAAACAAAAUGGUAUUUUUAUCAUUUUUACCAAAUAUUUGAAAAGUAGUUGCAUCUUUGUCGGCAAUAAGAUGUAAUUUUGGUCAUUCCCAGAUGUAAAUAUCACAAAAUCUUAUUAUAAACUACUCAAACUGUUACUACUAUGAAACCAUCCGUCGUGUUUUUAAUCAGAGGAACCAGCGCGUUUUAAAACUGCCCCAAAAAACGUCGUCGUCUUCUCCUUCGUCUCCACUCGUCCCACUGUCUCGUAGAUGUUUGAAAAGCCAUUUAUUACAUAUUCGAGGGCUGAAAUUUGUGGAUUUGUGAAACUUGUGUUGAACAUUUGGGCGUGACUGUGUUAUAUACAUGUGCUUUUUUUCAUUUUUACUCUAUGCAGUUUAUCUCUCACAGCGUUCGACCGAAGGGAUUUGAAGAACGAGUGAUUCAAAGGUGAAAAGGUGUAAACUUGGGCCCGCCUCUCUGCCUUUGGAAAUGCUGUGUUUAUUUUCAGUAUGGAACAAAUUGACCACUUGUUAAAGAUUUUGCAUUACAGUUUAAUAUAUUGUAAAUAAACAGCGGUGAUUGUUUUAGAAA